UCAAGCAAACGCGCUGGUGGGGAGCUGCCCUGGGUGCAGUUGCCUCGUAGCUUAUUGCUCUCAGUCAUUAAAGAACCGCCUGGACUUCUUGAGGACCUGGAGGAAAAAGCCAUCGCUUCACAGACCCGAUAGUUGCUCAGUGCCUAUAGACUUGACACAUCUUUUUCCUAGGAGAUUCUUUUUUAAAUUAUUUUUCUCCCGUGUCUCUCAGAACAGCAGUUCCUUGAGUGUGUGGCAUUGAAAUCCGUUGCUUCGUUAACAACUUUGGGAGAUACUUUUCAAAACUUUUUCCCCCCCCUCUCUUUUGUUUUCUUUGCCUUAAAAAAAAAAAAAAAAAAAAAAAAAAAGCUAAUCCUAUUGGGGGGAGGGGAGAUGAUCGUGCUGAUGUGGAAUAAGUGCUCCUGCUGUCUCCUCUUACUAGCCGCGGUCCUGAUCGUGGAGAGCUCCCAGCUAGACAGCUCCAGCUCCAAGGUGAACUCCAUCAAGUCCACCCUGAUGGGGGAGGCUCCAACUCAGGCAACCAACAGAUCUGCAGGCAUCCACCAGGGACUGACGCUUUCUAGCAGUAAGAAGGGCAAAAUGCUAGAGCAGAUGGGAAAACCUCCCAAGCACUAUCACCGGCAAGGAGAGGCUUAUCCUUGUACCAACGAUAAGGAAUGUGAAGUUGGGCGAUACUGUCACAGUCCUCAUCAAGCAACGUCUGCAUGCAUGAUGUGCCGGAGGAAGAAGAAGCGUUGCCACAGAGAUGGCAUGUGUUGCCCUGGGAACCGCUGCAAUAAUGGUAUUUGCAUACCAGUAACUGAAAGCAUCCUUACACCUCACAUCCCUGCUCUAGAAGGGCCACGCAACAAGAAGAACAGUCAUUAUGCUAGCAAGGAUUUGGGAUGGCAAAACCUAGGGAGGCCGCGCUCCAAGCUGUCACACAUAAAGGGACAUGAAGGCGAUCCCUGCCUGCGGUCAUCAGACUGUAUUGAGGGACACUGCUGUGCUCGCCAUUUCUGGACCAAAAUCUGCAAGCCUGUGUUGCAUCAGGGGGAGGUGUGCACCAAACAGCGCAAGAAAGGGUCUCAUGGACUGGAGAUUUUCCAACGGUGUGACUGUGCCAAGGGGCUGUCUUGCAAAGUAUGGAAAGAUGCGACCUCCUCUUCUAAAUCAAGACUUCACGUAUGCCAGAAAAUCUGAAUGAGGAUUGGGAAGAUAGUAUUAAGUGACUGUGGAUUUAUGUAUUUAAUGCAUUAUGGCAUGGUGAGAAAUAAGGACUGCAAAUAAAAGCAGAAUGGCUAAAGUAAAAGUUAGGGUAGGAGUAGAAGUCACACCAAAUGCAUUUCUUUUUGAGCUGGUGGUAAACACAAGCGCAGCUGGAGUUCUCCGACUGUGCAGCUCUUCUGUAAAUAACUUCUACGGUUUGUGGGAAAUGCUAGUAUGCAAACAAGAACAGUGGAAAUUAAUGUCACUUACCUUGCUGUGUUGUCCCGUGAUGUUUCAGGGGUUCAGUGUUAGGGCUGCAGUGGGUUUCCAGUGUGGUAAUGACUGCUAAGUAAAUUGUAUACAUUGUACUCCUAUAGGAAGCAACGCAUGCCAGGAAGGCUCAUCUGUCAACGCAUUAUUUGCCACAUUGCAGGUGUGAGAAAUGGAAAUAUAAAGCUACUGUGAAUGUCCACACACCCUUGUCAUUCAGGGCUCACACCAGCAAAGAAAGCACUCCUGCAGGACAAGAGUGCUGUUUCACAGCCCUCGUGAAAGAGGUGAAAACUUGCCAUCUCACAAUUUCAAGAAAGCAGCAGUUUCUCUAACAGGAGGCAUUUAAACAGGGUUUUGUUUCCUAUACAUAGGUAAAUUGAAAUGCUUUAUGUAGUUCAAUGUCAUAGUACGGCACUUAAUCGCUUUUAUUUGCCUCAGUUUACUGCUAGUAUACGGGGGGUUGAACAGGUGAAGCAAAUAUGUGCAUGCUGAAUCCAGAAUUAUAUACAGGCAGUCGCUCAUUAUUCCUAAAUAUACUUUCCUUGCCUAAGCAUACUUGUAUUAUAGACAUUUCAAGAAGAAGUAGCAGAGUGUUGAAGUGCCUAACACGAAGAGCUAUGAAGUUGUUUCACUGUUGCUGUUAUAACAGAUGAUGUAGACAUUUGUUGAGGUAUUUAGAGCAUACUGUUACAAACUCAAAUUUUUACAUUUUAUUAGUAGCAACAGGCUGCUGCUGGCGCUCUGCAGAAGUAUAAUGGAUCUGUUUCUUAGAGGCAGCAAAGAAAAAGGAGCUGCUGGCUCUUGUGAGCACCUUCUCUCCUGCAGAAAAGGAUGCAAGAAGAUGGUACGACUGCAAAUGCCUUGUUAAACAUCAUGUGGUGUCACACCUUACCAGCCUCUAGCAUGUAUUCAGCCUGAACUUGAUGCCCUCUCCGUCUGGACUGUUCUGCCAGGAAUGAUGGAAGUACAGGGACUGUGGAAACAACUGACAACUCUACGUUGUUUGUGUACUGGUUACAAAAAAGGACAGUCUCUAUCCCUUGACUUGUCUCCCAGAUCUUUUCAAACUUUUUUCAUUUUACUUAUUUGCAAGUAUUCCUUUGUUGGUAAAGAGACUGAUAUUUCUUUAAAGAGGUAUGAUUCUAUAGCUGAGCUACUGCUAAGUUGUAAUUAC